AUGCCGCGCAUUCCCAUGAUCAGAUUCCCCAAGAGGCAUCUCAAAGUCCCAUCCCCACCAGCGGCGCAGCCUGCAGAUCAGCACGCGACCCUCAUGUCCCGAUUGGGAGCUAAAGUAGAGGCACCAUCUUCUGGAGAGAAAAAGAAUUACCGGUUCAGAUCAGAUGUGCCUUCCGCACCUUCUCAUAAUGCUGUUGGAGGGCCAGCUUCACAGCUUCCCAAGCGCAAACCACUCUCUGAGGAAGAGAUUGAAGCUAUCAUGAAUGAUUGUGUAGUGUACUACAGUACUAGUGUGGACACAUGUGGUUGUUGGUUCAAGCCUAAAGAUAGUGGCAAAUGCUUGUCAAUUACCCAUGCAUAA